AUGAAUAAGUGUGUGGUUGCCAUUAUUGGAACUACUGGAGUGGGAAAAUCUGAUUUGGGGGUUCAAUUAGCUAAAGCGUUUAACGGAGAGGUUAUUAACGGGGAUUCUAUGCAGGUCUACAAAGGACUGGAUAUCAUCACCAACAAAAUACCUGUCGAAGAACAGGACGGAGUUCCGCAUCAUCUAAUGGAUUUUCUGGAGCCGCAUCAAGAAUAUCGAGUAACUGAAUUUACUAAAGAUGCUUUACGACUUAUCAACGAGAUACAUUCUCGAAAUCAUCUACCAAUAAUUGUCGGAGGCACUCACUAUUACAUACAAUCACUACUCUGGAAAAAUUCACUUGUCAGCGAGACGGCAUCAUCAUCUUCAUCUAGCGAAGAUUCUGAUGACAACGAGAAUGAUAAUAAGAAUGAUUAUAGUAAGAAUGAUGAUGAAGAGAAGAUACUUAAUGCUGAUACCAGUAUCUUGUACAAACGUCUACAAGAAGUCGAUCCGGUGAUGGCGAACAGAUGGCACUGGAAUGAUAGGCGAAAAAUUCGUAGAAGCUUACAGAUUUAUAUGAGAACUGGUAAACGACAUAGUGAGUGGAUCGAUGCACAACAUCAACUUGAAGAAGAAGCUAACUCACCUCGAUUUCCGCGAACAUGCAUAUUCUGGCUAUAUGCCGAUCCUGAAUAUCUCAAUCCUCGACUGGACGCAAGAGUUGAUAAAAUGAUAGAGAAAGGUCUGUUUGAUGAAAUACGAUAUCUGAGAAAUGAACUAAAAUUGGGACAACAAAAUACGCCGACUGGAGAUCCUGUCGAUUAUACACACGGAAUAUGGCAAGCUAUUGGCUACAAAGAAUUUGAUCCGUAUUUAUCGUCGUUGGAGUGUACUAACGACUCUUUAGGUGACAUUACAUCUACUCGAGAAAACGACCAAAUCUUGAAGCAAUCGUGUACUAAUACGAUGAAAGCUGCGACUCGUCGUUACGCAAGGCGACAAGUGCGUUGGAUACGUAAUAAGUUCUUGCUAAAGUUACAACAACAAAUCUCUUCGUCUUCGUCUCAAUCAGAAGAGACACAUAUCACGAAAUUGUAUCUAUUGGAUGCAACUUCUUUGGACACUUGGACCGAAAACGUCUCUAAUGUCGCCAUAAAUAUCACAAAAGAGUUUAUGAACUCUGGCACAGGGCCUGAUCCUACGCAAUUAAAUUCCAUAGCUGCAGAAAUAUUAUCACAGCCAAUCCAGAAAAUGGGCACAUCACAAAGUAUCCACAACUGGAAAAAAUAUCAAUGUGAAAUCUGCACGAAAUUCGCAAAGCUUUUCGGUUAUAAUAAGCUCAAUCAGGAUGAUAAAAUUGAUCAAGAGGAUAGUGAUGCUUGUGAUCAUCAAUCGAAGACGGAAUCAGAAUCUCGACGAAGAUCACCGUCGUUAUCAUCGCCAAAUUUAUCCCCCAUUAUCACGCUUAACGGACCGACUGAAUGGAAACAACAUUUGAAAAGUAAAUGGCAUUUGAGUAACGUAAAAUUACUAAAAGAGAUGAAUGAGAAAUGGGGCGGGGAAUUGCCACCUUGGUUUAGCAAAGCGAAAAAAUGA